AUGGUAGAGUUCUUAGCCUCGAGAGGCGCCAAUUUAAAUGCCAUGACUGACCAGGGCCGAACGGCCUUAAAUAUCGCACUGCAGACUGGGCAGCAUAAGUUGGCAGAAAGGCUCCUGGAUAAAGGAGCACUGUUGAGAGUGACAAUUCGUGAACAUAUCCAGAAAUGUUUUAAGCAUGGCACAAUCCAAAUUCAAAUGACGGUGUAUUGGAGGAUUCUGAGUUUUGUGCGAACCGAGCUCUCUGCCAUUGAUGACUUACGCAAAGCGGUAACGUUGACGGGCUCCGUGAAAAAUGCACAAAUGUUAUCGUGUGAGGACUUUGUUGUCCAAACCUGGGGCGACAGCGGGCUUCGAGUCCUUGACGCAGUGAUCGGAGGAUUGAAGACCGGGUAUAACGAAACGAGAAUCACCGGAACCACUCCCAAUGUGACCAUUGAGACAUACGAAGAUGAUUCGAUGCGGGUAACCGUCGGGGGUUCGCUCAAACAAGCUACUGACGUGAUUGAACAACUAUCCUGGCUGUGUUGCGUUUUCGCAUGUGAUGAUACUGCACCAAAUAAUGGCUUAAUGGUGUCAGCCGGGUGCUUCAGGCCCUCUGGAGACAGUACGCGUUUUUAUCUCUCAUCGAUUCACUCCUCACUUGAUACAUUCUCGGAUGAGGUAUGUGGAACGUUGGCAUUAGGGUAUCCGGCGCCACCGCGAAAGGAAGGGAUAGGGUUAGAAAUACCCUUUCCGCUACUUUUACGUUUUGCAGAUAUAUCUAUAUCGAUGGAUUACGACGGCGGAACUAUUCUGGUGGGCUCAUGUACGAUAUUGUUUCCUUCCAAACGGCUAGAAGAUGGCAUUCAGUGGCAUGUUGUUGUUGCAACGUCGCCAUCCGAAGCACUCAGUCAGCUUAAAGCCUACCUGGGAUAUUGUAGCCAUGCUUUGCUAGUGAUGUCCCAGUCGAGUUUUGAUCUUUCUUCACUGCUUCCAAGAACUCAGUCUCGCAUCGAAAUGGCACGCGAAGGGACCACAAGUGUAGGGCUGUCAAUUCGAGGUGUUGCAACCGCGACUGUCCCGCUGGGAGAAAUCCGUGACGUUGAAGAUCGUCUUAUAAAUGCUGAUCGACGCCCUAUCCUGAUAUACGACCGUACGAACGACCGUGGAUGGCUCGUUUCGGAGCUUAUAUUGGUUUUGCACAUGGCCUUAACAUAUCUGAACCAACCAGAACCCCUUCCAUACAAAAGUACAAGGCCAGAUGACGGGCAGGAAGUGCGCGACUAUCUAUAUAAGAGGCUGGAAGAUGGGCAGAAGAAAACGUUCGGAAUGGUGAUUGAUGAUUUUUUGAAAGAUUUUCAAAAAUUACGAAUGGCAGAGAAUAUAGGACGUGAAGGCAGAGGCUGGCGGUUGAAAUUGCCAUCUAGUCGUCAGCUUAGAGGUUGGGACUUCACCGAUCUUACACUCAAAACAGACACAUGGCAAAGUGGUCGCGAUACUGAAGAUAUGCUGGUUAUUUUAGGUAGCAAUUUUGGCGACUUGAUCUGUCCUGAUCUACAGAAGACUAAGGUAUAUCGGGAAUGGGAGACGGUUCCUGACCACGCUGGCCUGCUUACUGCAACACCGACCUGUCUCAUGCAACUGAUGCAGAAACAAGUAUUGAUUCCUUUCAAAGAUAAGAUGGCAUCUAAACAGGCGGGUGGCGAGUUGCUCUGGUACCGACCCAUGUCACAUAAGGACUGCAACCAGUUCUGCACCAGAUCCUGCCUUCUCAUCCACGAGAUUACCCGAAGAUCUGACCAAACGUGUACAACGAUGAAUCCACCACGAGAACUUGACAAUUAUGGGGCCAUUGUGUUCGGGUGUGCGAGUCUGUACCACAAAUCGCUAGAACAAAAAUUUGGCCUAUGAUGAAUCAUCAAACUGAAUAUUGUUAUGUUGCUCUUUGUCAGAUUGGGGUACUGGAGAACAGGCCGCUGUUGUGUCAAUAGUACUCGACUCUAAGUCUCGGUAUAUUAUAAGGCCAUUUAUGGGUUGCUAAUUACCAGAUCUCAAUAUUUUGGAUAGCUUUAACUUUUUAAUUUCUUAAAUGUUUGCGGUGAUAAUUGAGUACGUAAAGGAGUCCAAGUAUUGUUCAAGUUUUAUCGAUCAUGUUAUAUGGCUCCUAUGUCCUUGACAUGAGGCCUCGGGCUCUGUUGGGAUAUAGUGUGAUCAACUCUGGAACAAGUUGACGUUGAC